AGAGCAACAGGCAUCCGAGAGACGUGCUGCGGAGGAAGGGACAGAGGGCAAACUGACUCAGCAGGCGUUUGAGGCUGUGUCGGAGAUGUUUUGGUGCGGCAGCCACGUGAUGCGGUUCUGUUGUCCGGGCCGGUAACAUCAUGUUUCCGGAUCAGGGACGGAUAGGGUGGUAAUCAGUCAGAAGAUUCGGCAGGUAAUGUAAAAAGAUGAAUAAGAAGGAAAAGUAGAACUAAGGGUUUGGGUUUAAUUGGAAGUGCAGACAAAAUACGCCAGGUAGGAAAAAAAUGCCUAAGUUACUGCUUCUACGUCACGGACAAUCACAGUACAACCAGGAAUCCCGAUUUUGCGGCUGGAUCAAUGUUCCAUUAACAGAUACAGGCAAAGAGCAAGCCAGAAGCUCAGCAGAAUUAAUUAAAACUGACCCGCUUACCAGUGAGAUUCCCAUACAUCUUGCUGUGACUUCACGUCUUCAGAGAGCCGUUGUAACUUCGAACAUCAUCCUUGAAAGCAUAGAUAGAUUGGAUAUGGAUGUUGUUAAGUCGUGGCGAUUGAAUGAAAGACACUACGGUUCAUUGCAGGGGUUGAAAAAGAACGAUAUUUUACAGAAAUAUGGGCAGGAAAAAUUCAUGUUCUGGAGAAGACAAUACGACGGAUGUCCCCCGGAAAGCGAUGUCGACAGUGAGUUUUACAGAGAUACUUUGAAAAUAGCCAAAUUUGAUAGUGACUUAGCGGAGCAUCCCUCCUUGGUCCCCAAGUGCGAGAGUUUGAAAACAGUCAUUGAAAGAUUGAAACCAUUCUGGGAUAGCGUUAUCUAUGCGAGUAUGAAAGAAGGGAAGAACGUCCUCUGCGUUACGCAUGGGUCGGUUGUUCGAGCAUUGUUGACCAUUCUAUACGAGUUGUCAGAAGACGAGGUUGAGCACUUGAAUAUACCAAACGGAAUGCCGAUCUUGAUCGAUUUCGAUGAUUCGACCAUGAGACCAAAGGAGACGAGUUGGAAGUACUUGGAGCCCGAAAGGGCCAAAAUUGAGGCCGAAAGAGUGAAAAACGAUGGAUUGCAUCAGUAAGAGAGAAAGUAAUUUUCCUCUUACUCAAACUAUUAUUUAGUCUAUCUUUCUCUAUAAUGGACAAUAAUCUGAAUUUAAACUAUUAGCGUCAUUUAUUAGUGAUGGUAUUGUAUAUAAUUAUUAAUCUAUAAAGAAGUAGGCG